AUGCCCAACCUCUUUCUUUUGCUCGUUAUUGCCGCCUUUGUCGUUUCGAAUGGUAUUGCUUCGUUAGCAGCUACGGACAGUAACAAAACACGAUCUCUCAAAGCUGCUGAGAAUGAAGCCGAGGCUGUGACUCAUGCGCUCGAUGGCAAGAGGUUUCUUAUGCAAACGGAGAAUGUGAAAGUCAGUGGCUCAACCAAAGAAAGGAUUGCUGCCUCAUCGUCAAAAUCUAAAGGAUAUUUCAAGAAGCUUCGUUGGGCUAAGAAGAAUGCCGGACCUAAAGAGACUAAGAAGACGGAAAAGUCUGCUAGAACUUUUAGAUCGAAGAUAAAGCAAAUAGCUUCCAAUACUAAAAAUGUCACAGGUAAAGCUUUGGAGGCUGUGAAGGUGGCCGCGAUGGUUGUGCUCGAUGUAGGUGCCGCCUUGUAA